AUGAGACUGUCUCGGGCCUCCUGCUCCUGGACUUGGAACGCAUUCCAGGUGGAUACAACCUUGUUUAUGUAUUGGGGUGUCCCAACCGUAGCCUUUCCCAUCAAGGAAAUUACCCAGCAACCCCCCAGACCAAGUCGACCACCAAGUCCACCUCUAAGCGCCAGACUUCGAAGCGAGUCUAUCCUCCAGGAAAGAAUUCCAGAUCUCGCUGAAUCUCGCUCUCCAAGAUCUUCUGAUUUCGGGGAUAUCCAAACCCAACUCGCCCGUCGACUUCUUGCAAGCUGCGCGAUGAGCUUGCACGGGCUCGGGGUGAUUGGGGCGCAAGUGGCCGUGUCAAUCAAGAGCAAUGAUGAGAAGCACACCUCGACGCCGAUGAUCCAGUCCCCUUCAGCCUCCGUUCAGUCAACGCCGUCCAUCCACGAGCACCGCAGCCAGGACUUUGAUCCGCAUGUUGGAGCGAAACCGUACUCGCCAUUCUACCGCCAUGGAUCGCCUACUAUCUCCUAUGAGCAGCUCACCUUGGAGACCAAGAACGCCAGCCGCGAGCACAGCGGAUUGAGGGAUAUUGAGAAUGCCGAACCGUACUUUGUGACACGGAAUGAUAGCCCGCGGCGCUCGAAGCUGUGGGAAGGCGAGAAUCAGCCUCGGUCAUGUAUGCAAUCGUUGACUUCACGGCAACGCAUGGCCUUGAAAGCGGUUGUGGCAGUGGUCACGGUGGGCACAAUGAUUGCCAUCGCCUUGGGGAUUACGGCGGCGGUGGGCGGAGCAGCCUGGAGAGCCAGUGCAGAGCAGACAGCUCUCGGCGGAUGA